AUGCCAGCCAACGGCGAUAUCGCUCGCGCGUCGCCGGCUACGUCGGGCUCCGGAGGUUUCAUCGAAGCGUCGGGAUACAAGUUUUCCGAGAAGGAUACCAAGCCGGGAAAGAUCAAGCUGAAGAAGCCGGGGAAGCUAGGGAAGAAGAAGGAUAAAGAACCACCAAACUCUCCCGAUUCAUCGCCGAUUCUGCCAGAGAUCGAUGAGAAGACGAUGUCUGUUUUCCCGACAGGAAAGCCGCGCGAGGAAGACCAUCUCGAGACUGUGGUUUGCAAGACGUGCAAGAGGCCGGUUCUCAAGCAGAACGCUGCAGAACAUAUCCGGGGAUGUAUAAGGGCGAAGCAGGAGAAGGCGCGGAAGAGAAAGGAGCUUCGCGACGCGACGAAUAGGGCCAAAGCUGGAGAAAAGGAGGGUGAUGAUGAGGGCGCAGGCGUUGACAAGGGUGGAGAUGGCGAUGAUUCAAUGAAGGCGCAGAAGAGUGCAAAGAAGAGUGCUGUCAAGGGUAUGGCGGAUGAUGGAACGAAAAAAGGUAAGAAGCGCAAGGCGGAAGGCGAAGAAGACAAUAAGGAUAAAGAACCGAAGAAGAAAAAGAAGAAGGAGGAGCAGAAGCCGAAGACUGCAAAGCCGAAGGGUCCUGUUGAUGUUGAGAAGCAGUGUGGUGUUCCGUUACCGAAUGGUGCUCAGUGUGCAAGGUCGUUGACCUGCAAGAGUCACUCUAUGGGUGCGAAGCGUGCAGUGCCUGGGCGUUCUUUGCCGUAUGAUAUGCUGCUCCAGGCGUAUCAGAAGAAGAAUCAGGCUCGCCAGCAGAAGGCGGCCAUUGAUGCAAAUGCGCCACUUCAAGAUGACCUGGAAAACAACGGCCCUGUAGAUUCGGAUGAAGAAAAAGAUGCAGUUAUGGCUGCGAUAUCUCGUUCUCAACCACAGCCCUUGGUCACCCACACCCUGAUAUCCACAAAGAAGAAGUACCAGUUUGUGCGGAUCAAGGAAAUGCUCUCGCAUGCGCUGGGUGGUGCCCGCGGCGGAGGGCUCUUUUCGACCGGUGACCAACUCAAUAGUCCUAUUGAAGGGAAUCUCUUUCAACCGAUCGACGAUGUCAACAUGGCAGAUGCGCCUGACGAUCUCGGCAACAGUUCGAAUCUGCCCACCCCGGACGUUGCGAGAAAGACUCCAGUUGCUGCGGGGUCGUACUAUCUCCUGCUAAGCUCUGCGUUGCCUCGGAAUGUCGGCAUGAAAGCCGGGCCGGAGCUGGCUGAUCAAUUCCGCAGAGAAAUUGCAAGCCUGCUAGGUCGCAAGAACCUCAGCUUUCCUGGCGCUCAACCGGUCAGCUUCUCGCGGCGGCACCUCGCCGAGCUCCAACGCGAAGACUACUAUGUAUGCGAAAAGACUGACGGCAUCCGCUGCCUAAUGUAUUUCGCGCAUGGCGAAUCACCAGACCAGGAGAUCCACUACCUGAUCGAUCGCAAGAACGAGUACCGCUACGUUCCUGGCCUGCACUUCCCCCUGCCGGGCGAUGAGACCUUCCAGCACUUUCACGUGGAUACACUUGUGGACGGCGAGCUGGUCAAUGAUACGUACGAUGACGGUACACAGCAGCUCAAGUACCUCGUCUUUGACUGCCUUGUGCUGGAUGGGCAGAGUCUCAUGCACCGCACGCUCGACAAGCGUUUAGCGUACUUCAAGGAGAAGGUCCUCAAGCCCUACAAUGCGAUGUAUGAGCGGUUUCCCCAGGAGAAACAACACCGCGUAUUUGUAGUCGAAGACAAAUCCACCCAGUUCAGCUACGGCAUCGAGAUGAUGUUCCGUGAGAUCAUCCCAAAGGUGAAGAAGAUCCACGGUAACGACGGCCUCAUCUUCACCUGCCGCAGCACCCCGUACCGCAUCGGCACAGACGAGCACAUUCUGAAGUGGAAACCUCCCUCUGAGAACACUAUCGAUUUCCGUCUACGUCUCGAAUUCCCUGUCCUCGAACCAGACUCUGAAGACGAGGCAGACGGCAUCUCGGAACCUUACCCAGAUUACGACGCCCUUCCGAUUUUCCAUCUCUUCGUUCUACAUAAUAAUGACCAAUAUCAACCUUUUGGUGAAAUGUAUGUUACGCCGUCAGAAUGGGAGGACCUCAAAGCGCUGCAGAUGCCGCUCGACGAUGCAAUCGUCGAAUGCUCCAAAGAUGAGUCCGGCCGCUGGCGAUUCCAUCGGAUUCGGGAUGACAAGGCGGAUGCAAACCAUUAUACCACCGUCGACAAGGUAUUAGAGAGUAUAGAGGACCGUGUUACCGAGGAAGACCUUAUCCGUGCGGCGCCGGCGAUAAAGACGGCCUGGAAGAAGCGGGCGCAGGCUGAGGCUGAAGAGCGUAAACGCGCCAGUGGCAGAGCGGCUCCACCAGCACAUGUAAAUGGGAGCGGGGUGAAGAGGAAAUUUGAGGAGUAG